AUCACGAAGAAGGUAUGCGGCAGCAGAGAAGCCAUUAAUAGGGUGGCGAUAAGGCAAACAGACGCAAGUUUGAAUUAUGAAUGAAAGGUUUUUUUUAAUGAUAUGUAAGAAUGCAAACAGAUCAGAAAAGUAUAAUAUGCACUCGACCUCAUUUAUUUUCACUACUAAUCAUAAGAAUACUUGACCACGUCUAUUUAAAACUAUGUUCUACUGACAAAGAAUGAUCAAAAAUAAAAAUGUUUGAGUGAAAUUACCUGUCAGUGCAGUGUGAAAAAGUGGUAUUCAAACGGUAGUUGAUAUGAUUGAAGUAGUGUUUCAUAAGUGUGGAUAUGACAGAUUAAUCAAAUGAGACGAGUCUGUGCUUUGCAUCUCGGUUCAAUUUCAAUCAGGUCCAUUAUAAUUGACCGACGAUGAUCUCUAUCUAUUAUCGGAUGGUAUUAAUGCCGAUAUAACUACAUCGAAACACGUACAAUUGGCAGUGUAUAGUGUUGAAAGCACUCAAAUCGGAGACUUGAUUACCUAGCUUUAGUCAUCUAUAGCUUUUAGUCAUCAAUGGAAACACAUUGAUUCUGUUAGGCACAAUAAUUUAUAGCUAUCUACGAAGCUUUAGAUCAUGGCAUUCGUUUGCAAUGAUUUCAGCAAAGUCUUGGAGACAAUUAUUGAAGAAAAGGCAAGUUUUUCAGCGAUUUAUUUUAUUCAUUAUAUGUCUAAUUAAUAAUUAUAACAAGAGACUUUUUACGAACGAUUAAAUAAAUCUCAUGGUCCAUCCGGAAAAAUAAGAAACUUAAGAUUAUUUUUCUUUCGCGUUUUUAAAUUUUGUUUUCGCGUAUGAUACCUAAUUAAACAACUUUAUUAAUUUCCUCAUCAUUAGCUCUUUUAUUUCCAUAAGGAAGGAAGGAAUUAUAGAUGGUUAAAGAGGCUGGGCCAUGACACUUCACACUGGUCGAAUACGGAUUGAAGAGUAUUAACUACUGCAAAAAUAGCUGGGACAAACAGAUUAACGAGCCUUCCGAAGCACGGAGUAGCUAGAGAAACGUGGGGUAAGGUAAUCCUUUCAAUUUGUCAAAAUGUGGUAAAUUAAAUAUAACUGCUUUGUUAUGAAUUUCAUAAUUUAACCUGCCCUGGGUUAUCAACGCUAGGUUAGCAAGAUAAGUAUAUAUUUUAAUAUUAUUCAAUUAACUUUAGAAACAAAAGUUUGUACCAAGAAAACUAAAUUUAAAAUAUCUAAUAUUUUUCAAAAAGAAUAUAUAUGUAUAAAGUAGAGUUUUGUUAUGAAAUAUAUUAUGAAAAAUUGACAGAAAAACCUCUAAUAACGUCAUUUUGACAAUUCAUAAACAAAUCAGCUUAUAAUUUGAUUGAAAAUAAAAAUUCUAGUUUUAUUAAUUAAUUCUUUUUAUUUACCAAGAAAACUAUAAAAACAUGGAAAGUUUCAUUAAAAACAUAAAAAAGAAGCUCUCCGUUGACAACAUUGUCGACAUGAUGAAAGAAUGUAAGAUAAUUAUUGUUUCUAAAUUUUUUAUCGUAUUGAUUCGUUUCAGGAAAUUUAGUCCCAACAUAAAUUAUUAAUUAGUAAUUAUGUGGCAGUUAGAAAUAUGCUUCUAGUCACGCAACCGUUCGUGCCGGGCAAGUUUAUUGGUUUUCAUAAAAAUAUGAGUUGUAAUUAGCUUUAUUGUUUUAAGCUAUCAAGCAAAUAUUACAAAUACAACAAACAAAAUAUACCAUCGGAUUUUAAUUUACACGCUCUUUUUUGGAAUUAGAUAUUCGAGUAAUUCAAAAUAUUGUAAAUGCGAAUAAUUCCCAACUGUUACUUAAUUUUUGCUGUGCUAAAACUCUCUUGAUUACUCUUGAGUACUCUUGAAUUACUCUGUAUAUUGUUGAUAAGAACGACAGUAAAAUUUCUUUGAGUAGAUCAGAACAUCUCAACGUAAAGACAGCGGGAUGCGAUUUUGUUCUAUAUUAUAUAUAGAUGAUUAUAUAUUUUCUUUAUUUCGAUGUUUCAGCUAAAGUUAUCGACGAGAAUGCCAUCAAAGAAGAAGAUGUAAGAAAAACUCUGCAGAAAAUAGAUCCAAACUCCCUAAUGGACGUUGAUGAACUGGCAGCAAAGUUGAACGAGAUAUCAGAGGAUAUGAAUAAGGCGAAACAGGAAAGCACCACGGGCAUGAAAAUAAUAGAAGCGGCUAAAUCUGGUAUUACUGCUCUUCAGAAACCGACUCAAGAGGAAACACCUAGCACUGAAAAUGAAUACCUGCGCGCUCUAAACAGAGAAGAAAAUGUUUUUAGGUUGAAUGAUGAUUUCCAUUAAAAUUAAUUAGUUCUGAAUAACAUUUUCACAUUUAUUUGAUCGACUUAAAUUAUAUAUUGGUUAUAUCAAUAUGUUUUUAUUUUAGUAUGUAAAUUAGUCUGGAGUUACUCUCCAACGAUUUAGAUUAUUUAGAUUUAAAUUUGCUAUUAGGCGAUUGCUCAUAAAUCGAAAGGGAAUUAAAUGAAUUUAAUAAUUUAAUGGACUUAUCAUGGUAAUGGAUAUGAAUAACUCCUCAAGAGUUCAUUUUAUAUUUAACUAAUUCAAAUACAUUAUAAUGUUUAUGAUAAUAAUUAAGAAAUAUUGAAGCCAGAGCGGAAAGUUUAUUUGUUUGUCGAAAAACAAAUUCUCUAAGAAAAAGAGAACCAGAGUUGAUACUUCUAUUCAAAGUAGAAAGUCAAUAUUGGUAUUAAUUAUUAUUUUUGGGUAAUGCCAAACAAUUUAAAACUAUAAAUUAAACAAAACCAUUACCAUGAUAAGUACGACUAAAUAGGAAUAGUGUAACUUAAUUAGGCACAUGACGAGACUGGAUGUUAUUUGAUAAA